AUGGCCGAUAACGCCGCUGAGCACGAAAAACACGAAUCGGCCGCUGAAUCGAUUGUUGAUAAGAUCACGGAGAAGUUUCACGAUACCGAUUCGUCCUCAUCAGAUUCAGACGACGGAAAGGACAUUACGGCGAAGGCAUCUGCCGUCAAGGCCAAGAUCUACCGCCUAUUCGGCCGCGAAAAGCCUGUGCACAAGGUUCUAGGCGGUGGAAAACCUGCUGACAUUUUCCUAUGGAGGGACAAGAAAAUUUCUGCUGGCAUGCUUGGCGUUGCCACCACGAUUUGGGUGUUUUUUGAAUUGCUUGAAUACCAUCUACUCACUCUAGUAUGCCACAUCCUAAUUCUCGCUCUAUCAAUCCUUUUUCUGUGGUCCAAUGCAUCUACCUUUAUCAACAAGUCUCCACCUCAAAUCCCAGAAGUCAUCAUUCCUGAGGAUAUUGUUCUGGGUGUUGCUUCUGCCUUUGGGAUGGAGUUCAACAGGGCUCUUGCAAUCCUCCGAGAUAUUGCGUCUGGGAGAGAUCUGAAGAAGUUCCUUGCAGUAAUUGCUGGUCUGUGGGUCCUUUCAGUCCUGGGAAGCUGCUACAACUUCCUCACCUUGUUCUAUAUAGGUUUUCUUUUGUUGCACACAGUACCAGUACUUUACGAGAAAUAUGAGGACCAAGUUGAUGCGUUUGCUGAGAAAGCCGAAGCAGAGAUAAAGAAACAAUAUGCUGUGUUCAAUGAAAAGGUUUUGAGUAAAAUUCCAAGAGGCCCGCUGAAAGACAAGAAGCUGGCCUAG